AUGGCAUUCUUAAUGCUUUAUCCUGCAGUAGCAGUUCUCUCUAUGUUUGUACUGAUGGUUAUCAUAUUAAUUCUAAGAUUUGGAGCACGCUGGUGCAAGCUCCGUCACACUACAAUGGCUGACCAAGAAUAUUGGAAUGAGGAUGAUGCAUAUGAACAAAAAGUGUCAUAUGCUUAAUUACUUAAUUGCAUUUUCUACAAAUUUUUAUUGACAUUCCUCAUGUAUCAUUAGAUUAGACGUGACAAUGCAUGCAAUAAGCUAAAUAAAUCAAUUUUACUUGUGUCAAUUAGGAAAUCAGUAUUUUGAAGUACAUUAGGUACUUAUUAUCUACAUUCCCAGUUUAUAUACACUUUAUUUUACCUCUGGUUACUAUUUUUUUGUUAAUAAGUUGUUUCAAGUUCAAGAUCCCGUCCAACUAAAGUAACUGUAGACUUUAUUUUAUUGGUUUAAUGCAAUUAAUCAAAUUAUUUUUAAAUUUUAUUAUUAUAUCCAUGUUAUACCAACAUAGUGUUGAGUUUAUAGUAAUAGACAUUUUUAUAUUAAAUACACUGUUACAAUAUAUCUAUCUCUUCUGCCUUAUAGUGAAUUAGGGUAAUAUUUUACAUAGAAUAGGUAUAUAUUAAUUGCAAUUAUGCACUCUGCACACUAGUUGUGUGUCUUAUAAUAAAUAUAAAAUCUGAAAAUGACUGUCACUUUGUAUGUCUAACAAUAAUUAUAUAUAUGUAGACUUAUUAGAAAUGUAAGUUUAAUCUUUAUAUAAAUGAACUGGUAUUUUUAGUGAUGUAGAAUCAAGCAUUUCUCGAAUAUUGCAUUUGAAAUCGACAUGUAAUCCGUCCAAUAAAUUAAUUUUAAGUACUAAAUAUCUUGGUUGUUUCAUUUCUUUACAACUAUCAUUUGUCAAGUGUUAGAAAGGAGAGUAAUUGUAAUUUGGAGAUACAAUCAUAAACUUUAUGCAAAGUUAAAAGUAAAUGGUUUUUUAAUCUCUACAAGGACUAGUAUUUGUAAAAACUUAGCAGACUGAACAAUGAACAUUAUACUUAGUUUGCUAAUGUAUUGCUUGCUAAGCAGCAAGUGUCACUCAGUGAUGAUAAUCAUUAUAAUCUUCAAUUUGGCUCCAUUGCUUAUCCAGUUUACAGUUGUGUGUGUGAAUUUUAAUUUCAUGUAUGCUUGUCAAUGUAAUCAACUGUGAUGAUGAUAGUUUUGUGUAUAAAAGUCAGAAAGAAUAAAUAAUGAGUUAGGUGAAUUAUUUUCAAAAUGUACUUGUAGAAUUUAAUACCUAAUAAUAUAACAAAAGAAAUUAAAACCCAAUAAAUAAGUUCAAUUUAUUCUUUUAUGGUAGGCACUAACCAACCUUUUAUUAAAAUGAUUAUCAAGAAAGUUUUGAAACAUUUUACUUUACAUACAUACACAGCCCGUGAUAGCCUACAGUCGGACUCGUAUGGGCCUUCUCUGUCAAAGAGGGGUCGAGACUAAUCUCCACGCCUGGUUGUUCGGUUGGCGAUCCAAAUAACUGCUAACUCACGUCCCGUCUCCGACUUCGACACCCGCGGGAAGAAUUAGGCGGGACAAUUCCGUCUACUCUGCCGCCACCAUCGGCCACGGCGAAUAUCUUAUUCAUAUUAAAUUUUCUUUUACUUACAUAAUCUCUAUUAUAUAAAAAUAAGUCGGGUUUUCCUUCCUGACGCUAUAACUCCAGAACGCACGAACCAAUUUCCACGGUUUUGCAUUCGUUGGAAAGGUCUCGGGCUGCGUGAGGUUUAUAGCAAAGAAAAUUCAGGAAAAAUUCAAGACAAAAGCAGGAAAACAGAGGAAAUCAUUGGUGGCGAAACGGAGUUCGCCGGGUUUGCUAGUUAAUUAUAAUCCCACCCAAAACAUAAAUGUGAAAGGCUGCCAAGUUCGAUAAUAUUGGAAUGCUUCGCCUAUAAAAGAAGUGAGAUCUAAAUAAAGACCAAGUUCCAUACACAGACCUCAGUUAAAAAUGAUAUAACAAGUUGGCAAGUUUUCACACACUUUGUUAUAAACCUACUAAACGCAAUGAGUCAAGUAUAUAAUUUUCUAUUAAAACGUGCCAAGUUAUAUCAUUUUUAACUGAGGUCUGUGUAUGGAACUUGGUCUUUAUUUAGAUCUCACUUCUUUUAUAGGCGAAGCAUUCCAAUAUUAUCGAACUUGGCAGCCUUUCACAUUUAUGUUUUGGGUGGGAUUUCAUUUAUUUUUGUAAGGUUUAUUUUCUUUUUUUCUUAUUUUACUUUACUUUGACUAAAUACAAACCUUCGUAAAGAAUUUUAGGUCGGUACGACCAUUGGAAGAUAUAGAUAAUUUUUUUGUUUUAGUUCCUUAGGGGUAUGAAUUUAGACCUUCAUUAUUUUUAAAACUGACUCACACUUGGCCAUUUUCAGAUUUUUUCCUUUACCUUGACCUGAAGACCUACCUCCAUGCCAAAUUUCAAGUCAAUACGACCAUUGGAAGUGGUCUAGGUUUUUGAUGAGUGAGUGAGUCAGUCAGUGAGUGUAUAGUAAAAAUAGCGAUUUUCUGACGUCAAUAUCUCAAGACCUACAGUAGGUACAUUAAUGAAAUUUUGUAUUUUAGAUAAGUAAGUAGAUCUCGACAGAUACUAGAAAUUUCAUAUGCGUAGAUAAAAUAGAUUUUGAGUUAUAGGUGGGUCGAACUUGGCCCGAAAUGGUUCGUGUAAUAUAACCCACGGCAGGUGACACACUGCCGUGUGUCUAGAUAAUUAAUAUCAUGCAAUGUAGACGUGGACAUUGCAAGGCCGCUGGGUCCUUGGAAAUUUCCUUGCCCUUGUCGUUUGAAACCAGCCCUCUUUAUCUUCUUGCCAGCAAUUAUUAGUAACUUAAGUGAUUAAACGAAUUAAUCACUUAAGUAACUGUAAAGUGCUUAUUGAAUAAAAUGAAUUGGUAAAGGUAGUAGUUAGAAGGGUGAGAAGUAGGUACCUCUGGGCAUGUAUGAUGUGAUGGAAUAUGGGAGAUGGAAUUGGGACAGAUCAGACACAACCACCAGUUGGUUUCUGAUACAUAGAUUCCUGUACACUUAGUUAUUUACAUAUUUUAAUGUACAUCUAGCAUAGGUAAAAAUUUCACAUCAGUAUUAUCUCACCUUUUGUCCCAGAGGGGCAGGCACAAAAUGUACAUACAAUUGAUACAAUGUACACCCACUUUUCACCGUUUGGUAUUAUGGCAAGUUAAAUGCAUAAAAGUUUUAAUAAAUUCUUACAUUUUCAAAAUUCUCAGAAUAGAAUCAAAAUGCAAACCAUGUUGCAACAGGUCAAAGUAAAAAUCGAAACUAUUCCAAUUAAAUCAUAAACAAGUUCCCCUCUAUUCGACUUAUUCUACAAUUGCCUAGUAAAGAGUGGAUAAUUAACAACUUUUAUUUUUAAAAGGCAGGAGUAUACAAGUAUAUAAAUAUAAUUUAACAAUAAAAGUAAAAAACUAAGCCCAAUAUCUGAAAUAGAAUGUUUAUUUCAGUUAAUAUUCCAUUAAGGUGAAUGUUCCGAUCGCCUUUUCAUACAUUUUUCGUUCACGGUAUACUCUCCGUACAUAGACACUUUUUGCACAAAACUAAUCACUUUAUCACUUUUGUACGGUCAAGAAUCUGCAUAUAACUUUUUGGUAAAUAAUUCGCAUUAUAUAUGGAGAAAAACAGUCAUGAAAACCGUGAAAAAUUUGGCAUUUCUUUUACUAGUGUAGUAGUGUUAGUGCAAUUUGACAAUCAAACAUAUCGGAAUGUCUGGAUAGGUUAUAAUAUUAAACGCUAGAUGGCGUGCACCCGAUAAUGUAAAUUUGAAGAAUCAUUACUAAUUUUAUAACAAUAGUUUUUUUCAUUAAAAAACAUUACAAUAAUUUAAAACUAACUAUCGUAAACGAAAAUAUAAAACAUUGUGGUCGUGUGUGAAAAAAAUGUUAGCGUUAGUUAUUAUUAUUGUCACUGGCAACAAUAAAACAUUUUAAAUUCGUUCGUAGACAAAAUACGAUGUUGCCGUUCCGUCGAACAUGACUUUUGACACGUUGCCAAACUUAUUUAGUACCAUCAGAUGGUUGACUUGAAAUAAAAUACAUUUCGAAGACUAAGAGUUUGCGUAGCAUUACGCUAGGCUUUACGCGCGGAAUUUCUUGUAUGUUUUUGAUCAAUGAAAAUUCAUUGAUUCGAAGUAAUAUUUCUUGUAUGUAUUUCUUUCCAAUUUAAUAUGAUUAUUGCAAAGUAUUGUAGUAUAUGUUGUUUAUAAGUAAGUAAUUUUAUUUCAAAAUAAAAAUACCUACCAACUAAUAAAUAUUAGCAAGUCAGCCCGUGAGUUUAGCUGGCUAUUACUAACUAAAAUCCUCAUAUUAGAAAUCACCGAUCGAUAUUAUAUUGUUUUCUCAGAUUAGUAAUACAAAUAACUUUGGACGGACAAACAUUAGUAUUAUUUGUCACAUUAUAUUGCGUCUGCUACAUGAAUCCCGCGCGUUCCGAUACACUCAAAAUCAGUUGAACGGACGGUAAAACAAGUAUCUUUAAAUUUCUAAUGUUAUAGUAAAUAGAGUAUAAUUAUGUAAUAUCAUUUUAUGAUUUUAUUAUGGUUGUUCUGCAGCGAUUUUUCAAUUGAUGUUAUAUCAUAAUUUGGGUACCUACUAUGUCGGGGUCCUACGAGAAAGCUGGCGUAUCAACGCCACGAAUAUUCAGGCGCCCGUAAAUCGUCAAAACGAGUGAAAAGCGCAUUCAGUUGGAUACAUGUGGACGACAAGAUAGUAAACCUGUAAAUUAUAACUCAAGUUGUGGCCAGCUUCAUUGUAAACAAACUUUAGUUUUCAAGUUCAAGGACAAAUGCGUGUCAGUAACAUGGAUAAAUGCUACUUCAUAUGUUUUAUUUCAGUCAAUGAACCUUUGACUGUUAUAGAAGUUUGUCGAGAUAAUAUAAUGACUUUAUCAGCAAUAUGAUGCCAAAGUUAAUACACUUUUUUAAAGAAUGUAUUCUGCCAGAAAUAGUUUUGAGACAUGUUCAAAAAAAUGCGAAAUGUAUACCUAGGUAUGAAAGCAGCUGUGUAGCGGUAGUUUCCAGGCAAUAAUGAGGAAGGAUGAGUGAAAACAACACGACAAAUGUUUUUUUAUUGUACUAUUAUAGUAGUGUGUUUAGAAUCUACAUUAUCAAUGUUUACAGUCAUGUUUUUUUUGAUGUCAGAAAACUGAAAUGGUGUACUCGUCGUAAUGAACAUAAUGUUCAUAAUGUGAUAUGAAUACAUUGACCUAUUUUAAGGUUUCUGAAAAACAAAAAGGAAAGUUGUUGCUUUUUUAUUUCCUUAUGUAGUAUAGUGAUUAUGGAUGCUUAGAUAUUCUCAAACAUUUUUCUGCUUUGAUUGCAAUCUAUUAUUCUGGUUGCCUUGUUUAUGAAUUAUAGUUUUGAAUUAUUAUUUUGAAUGAGAUUAUUUUUUAAUAAUCAGUCACGUAUCAAGCAUUCAUGUCACAUAAAUACUUGUAAUAAUUGCAGGUUAGUAUAUACAUUCUAUUAAAUAAUGUAUAAGAUAAUAAAAUAAAACUGUCUUACAUUGCA